UGAAACACCCUACUCAAACACAGGGAUGGUAUGUUAGCUAGCUGGCUAUGACUUACCAACACAACACUGGAACUCUUCCAAGUCAAGGAGCCAUGAACUACGCUCGGUUUUUGACAGCUGUAAGUGCAGCUCGGAAGCCCUCCUUCAUCCUAAUGUUGACUGAGCUCCAGCAGAGGUCUCUCCCUCCAUGAUCUCCCUGGCCGGAGGGGCUCCCAACACCUUCCCCUUCCAGUCCUGCUCCAUCCAGGUGAAGAAUGGGGACAGAAUGGGGACACGAUCACUUUCAACGAGACCAUGAGGAAGAGGGCUCUACACUACUCUGCCUCCAGCGGGUGGGAAACACUGGAAUCCCAGAGCUGUUGACUUGAAUGAAGAACCUGCAGAAGAACCAUCACAACCUUCCUACAGCCAACUACAGUCCAGAGAAGGGUCAAAUGGAUAUGUGUGUUAUUACAGGCAGCCAGGUGGGCCUCUGCAAGCACGAUAUGAUCCUGGGAGGCCUGAAGGAGGUGCUGUCCCGCUGUGACCUGGCAGACGUCCACAAGCCACACAGCACCAUACCCAGGGUCCUCUACACCAUCCCCAAUGUAGGAAACCCCACUGGGGCCUCCUUGACCACCCAGAGGGAGAUUUACAAGCUUGUCAGACAGAAUGACCUCCUUAUUAUCGAGGAUGACCCCUAUUACUUCCUACAGUGAAAAGGUAAAAAUGGUGUCAUUGUUUCAUGUAUUUUGACUUUGUGUGUUUUAUUGGGACACAGCACUGGCAUCACCCCUACUGUAUAUCAUAAACGGGCUGCUCAUGUGUUUCUGUCUCUCGCUCUCUGCCUGUCUGCCUGUCUGCCUGUCUGCCUGUCUGUCUGCCUGUCUGCCUGUCUGCCUGUCUGCCUGUCUGCCUGUCUGUCUGUCUGUCUGUCUGUCUGUCGCUCGCCCUGAGCUCCCACGUGUCUCUCCAUGGACGUUGACGGGCGGAUCAUCAGGACAGACUCCUUCUCAAAGAUCCUGUCAUCAUGGCUGAGAAUAGGCUUUGUGGGCACAAGCCGCUGGUGGACAGAGUGGUACUACACAUCCAGGCUUCUACGAUGCACAACAGCACCUUCACACAGCUCAUUGUGUCCCAACUGCUGCAUGGCUGAGGUCAGGAAGGUGUCCUCAACAACAUAGAUGGUGCUCACUCCUCCCCAACUCACGGCUGUCAUGGUGACUGGUACCAGGCUGUGUCUCUUCUCCUCCCAGAGGAUCCCUCCUAUAGGAUCCCUGACGGCUAACAACAACAUAUCCCAACGUAAUAGUGGCGUGAUCCAGCUGCAGGCAUGUUCCUGUGGAUCAAGCUGAAGGACAUCGCAGACACCCAGCAGCUGAUCAUGGAGAAAGCUCUGGAGGAGAAGGUGCUGCUUGUCCCUAGAGGUGUAUUCAUGAUCAACAGCUUAGACCCUUGUCCUUAUGUCAGAGCGGCCUUCUCCCUCUCCACACCGCAACAGAUCGAUGAGUGGAAUGCUUCAAGAUUUGGAGCAGAAUACCAAAUUGCCUUUCAUUACCGCAAUCAGGAGAUAGCCAGUAUGUGUUGAACAUGAAGACGUGAGUGGCAUGACAAACUAUCCUCGGGGGAAAGUGACGGUCAGGAAGAAGGGGAAAAAAUGAGUCGGUCAAGUGGCUACGCUUUUAGCCUCUUGCUACUGUCCACUAUCAGCCUCUACACCGCCGGGGUUCUAUCGGCGGUUUCAGAUAGAAACAGCACAGAAAACGGAACGGUGGCAGAUGGUGGAUUUGUCCCCCUGGUGUUCUCGAAAGUAAGCCAGAUCAUCGCCCGCGAAGGUAACUGCGCACUGAUUGAUUGCAACGUCACUGGAGAGCCUGUGCCGAAUAUACAGUGGUUCAACUCACGUGGAGACCUGCUGGACACGGAGACAAGUGACAAGUGGUUGCUGACGGACGAUGGCAUCCUCAACAUCACAGAGAUCACGUUCGCCGACCGUGGCAAGUACACGUGCAUGGCGUCCAAUGUGCACGGCAGCACCAACUGCACGGUCACCAUGCGUGUGGUCCUGCACAGCGGGGACCUGGGGGCCUACUAUGUGGUCGUGUGCCUCGUCACCUUCACCAUCAUCAUGAUCCUCAACAUCACGCGCCUCUGCAUGAUGAGCAGCCACCUGAAGAAAACUGAGAAGGCCAUCAACGACUUCUUCCGCACUGAGGGCGCCGAGAAGCUUCAGAAGGCGUUUGAAAUCGCCAAGCGUAUCCCCAUCAUCACGUCAGCCAAGACCCUGGAGCUGGCCAAGGUGACCCAGUUCAAGACCAUGGAGUUUGCCCGCUACAUCGAGGAGCUGGCCCGCAGCAUCCCGCUGCCCCCGCUCAUCAUGAACUGCCGCACCUUCAUGGAGGAGAUCCUGGAAGUGGUGGGGGUUGAGGAGAUGAGGCACACGUUCCUCCGCCAGGCUCCAGAGGGGCACCACCUGGGCGGGGCAUUGGGAUGCCGGGCGGCCCUGGUGCAGGGGGCCCUGGUCGGGGUGGGGCCCGGCGACGUCUUCACCAUCCUCCGGGAGAGGGAUAGGGAGCGAGAGAGGGAGAGGGAGCGUUCCGGAUCCCCAGCAGCGGAUUCUGACGACGCGUCGUUGCAUGAGCAGCCUCAGCACAUCGCCAUCCAGGUGUCCAUCCACCCCCCGCUGCCCAUGGAGGCCCCGGCUCUGGCCGAGGCCACGCCCUCAUCUCCUCCACCAUUGGCUCCCCUGCACCUAGAGGAGGAGCAAGAGGAGCAGGGUUCGGAGCCGGAGCAGGAGCCAGUGGAGGAGGCGGCGUUGGGGGUGGUGCUGGAGGCGGAGCCAGAGGUUACUACUAAGCUACAGCCUGGUCAGGUGAUUUAUGAAAGCUAUGUGUAAACAACAACCGGAGGAGAAAAAAAUAACGGGAUGAACGAUCCUGUCCUAUGCAUUUCCCUCCCCCACUUUCAAAAACAAUAUGUCAAGAAAAGGUCAUUUUAUUUCACUUCUCAACAGAACUAGCUUAAAACUGGAAUCUAGAUACUACGUAUGUAGGUCCAUCUGGAUUAUAUUCUAAUAAUCUAGUCUGGAUUCCAAUAAAUCAACUUGAUAAGAUAUUGAGUAUAAUCAUCAUCCUUCAUGCUUAUGGAUCUUCAUGUUGAAUAUAUUGUGGCUGGAGAGGAUAACCAAUAAGCGAUAUGCGUAAGUAUAAAGCAUUGUAAAGGCCAUUUUAAUUAGUAUUAGUGAGCAGACGAAAGAGCUGUUUGUUUUUUGAUUCAAGCAUUUCCUAAAUCGAUUUCAGGAAGAAAAAAAACUAUCGACUUGUUGACGGUUAUGCUUUUAUCUCUUUGCAGUAUUAUUACGUUUUAUGAUAAAUUCAUAAAUUAGCUCUUCAAGCUGCCGUUGUGCAAUCACUGUUACUAAGCAGACCACAAAGGCUUCUUUUGUUUCAGCUUGAAAAGACUGCACAUUCUCCUACCACUGUUACAACCAACCGACCUGAAGUUUCAGUAUCAUGUUAUAGUACGUCAAAUGCAUGCUGGACUCUGAGAAAAAAUAUGGAUUUGAAAGUGUGGUCUAUAGUCAAAUUUAGUCAGUUAAACUCUGUACAAGUGAUUUAUAUAGACUGAUAUAACUUCUGUAACAUCUGAAUUAUUGGAUCAUGAAUAAAAUUUCAGGGGAUGAUUGAAGACCUAGAUGUUUCAGGCCUUCUGGUCUGUGAUGCACGUAAUUAACAAUUGCAUAGCCACUAUAGGCCUUCUAGUGUGGUUCAUUGAAACAUUUUGAGAAAUGACAUUUAUUAUUCUGAUGCCCACUGUGGCGUUUUGACUUCUUAGAUGUUAGACGUUAUACAAUUUUGCCGCCUUUAUACGGUCUGUGUUUCCAAUAUUUCCAUCUUAUUUCUUUUUGUAAUAUGUUAAGUUUCUUAUCUCGUUUUAAAUGGGUCUCAAACCCCAGCCUCCCUCCACCUCUGUACGUGUUUUAAUUAAAGAGGCUUCAUUGACAGUCUGAUGCAUGUGAAAUGAGUGCGACGUAUUGGGAUUAGUCUUUUAACAGGACUAAAAUACUUUAUGUGCUUAAUAGUCUGGGUGGGGGUUGAUGUUGCUCUGCUUUAAACUAUACUCUUUUUUUGUAGUGAAAAUAAAGUCUGUGUUACCAUGGUU